UAUAAGCGAGCGGCUGUGAGAGAUAUGAGUAUCGCAGUUCUAAGCAUUUUGCAACGUGGAAUUCAGAAUAAAACUAUUCAUUAUAUGAUUUAAUAAUGAAUGAAAUUGCUCAAUAGUUUUAGCCAUUUACGGUCAAAAGUUUAUAUGCAUUUCUCAUAUCUAUUUAUUUAUUAUGAUAAUCACGGACAUAAUGUUUACGUACGAGAUGCCAACUAUUAAGUGAUAGUACAAUUUAUUUGCUUCCUUUGAACGAGUGAAUAGUGAACAAUUUUGUAUAUUGGAUUCGUUUGAUUAUCGAUUGUAGGUUUGGUAAAAUAAAUUUUAAACAAUGAACGAUUACAGUGAGUCGUUGACAGAUCCACCAAAAUACCUCCUUGAAGACAGAUUAUCCAAUAAGAAAUGCUCAGUUAGAGAAAACAGUUCUAACAAUAGGAUCAACAUCUGUGCCAAUAAAAUUCACUCAACAUGUGUCUUGCCUAAUUUAGAAAUUUUUAGUAUGAGUAAUGUUAAAGUUGCCAAGCUACGAAUUAACUUAUCGUCAAUUCUUUUAUUGUCAUGCAUAUUAUUCCAAGCUGUAUGUACGACGACAGCAACGUUUACUACAGUGAGUACAAUCCCAGAACCUGAAUUCGUUGAGCCAAUUGGAAAUACUACUGUACCAGCAGGAAGGAGUAUCAAGUUGGCCUGUAGUGUCAAAGACUUGGGAACAUAUAAGGUUGCUUGGAUGUUAUUUGAUAAAAGUGCAAUUCUGACUGUUCACAAUCAUGUGAUUACAAGAAAUCCAAGAAUAUCAGUAUCGCAUGACAAGCAUAGAACAUGGUACCUACAUAUCAACAAUGUACAUGAAGAUGAUAAAGGGAAAUAUAUGUGCCAAAUAAAUACAGCAACAGCAAAAACUCAAUAUGGAUACUUGGAUGUCGUAGUGCCACCUAAUAUUGAUGAUGCUCAGAGUUCAUCGGAUGCAAUUGUUCGAGAGAAUGCUAAUGUUACACUCACCUGUAAAGCUACUGGCAGUCCUACACCAAGUAUUCGAUGGAAACGUGAUGAUAAUGAAAAAAUUGUGAUCAACAAAACACUUGAAGUGAUGGAAUGGGAAGGUGAAACAUUAGAGAUGACACGAAUUUCAAGACUCGGUAUGGGUGCUUAUUUGUGCAUAGCAAGCAAUGGAGUACCACCUUCUGUCAGCAAGCAGAUCAAAGUAUCAGUAGAUUUUUCUCCAAUGUUAUGGAUACCUCAUCAAUUGGUAGGUGCACCACUAGGAUACACAGUGACUCUGGAGUGUUAUACAGAAGCACAUCCUACUUCACUUAACUAUUGGACAAGGCAUGAGAACGGAAGGAUGAUUCAUGACAGUAAAAAGUACAAAACCACUUCAGUGGCAGAAAAACCUGCUUAUAAAACUCACAUGACUCUCACCAUAUAUGACUUGGAGAAUUCAGACUAUGGCAGCUACAAAUGUGUGGCUAAAAAUCCACGAGGAGAAACUGAUGGCACUAUUCGCUUAUAUAUGUCUACCCCACCAAGUACCAGUCCAAGCCCAACAACAACGGAAUUGGUGAAAAAUGUGUGGGAUGUUUUAACGGAAGUUAAUAAUUCUAUAGAUAGUAAACCAAGUUCGCUCAUGUUUCCGAAUGGGAAAACUCCGAAAAUUGAUAAGAAAUCUGGAUCAAACCUCAACGAAAUAAAUAAAUCCGAGCAAAAAUCCGGUGAUAUAGAAGAAAAGAGUAACUACAAUUGGCCAUCCAAUCAUGACCUUGCUAUCCGAGUAGCAACAACAACUUCUGUUUUGAUAUUGAAUCUGACUGUUACCUGGAUUAUUCGAUAAACAUAAACACGGACGUCGCUGGAUAUUACGUUAAUCGAGUGGUUCCCUUGAACUAAAGAUCAUCACAAAGACUGAUCAUGUGUAGUUAGAAAAAUAUGCAAACAAACAUCUUAACGUGAGCCGUCAAAUUAUAAAUUAUAAUGUUAGUGGAUGCAUUUGAUGAGUGCAUUUUCUAACACAGCAAUGUAAGUGCAAUAUGAACAAUUUAAAUUUUGAGGGCAUUGCGAUUAAAGAAAUAAACAUCACCGAAAGAAGCAACCAUGACGCUUUUGAUGUAAUAUUUUAUGUAACAGAUAAUCUCGCGCCAAGCCGAAUAUUUCUUUUAAUGCAGAGGCCUUUCGCUUUAUAUACUAGUCCAUUUUCAACGUCGUGUAUAUCGAUGGGAAAAUUCUAUGAAUGCCAAAAUAACAAACAAUAUUUUCAGAUGUCAGCAUGAAUCAUUUGUGCUCGUAAUUUUAUUCUGUCUCAUCAUCUGCUCGACUUUUGAAAUAUCAAAAUCUUGCUUCUAUUUC